AUGGGCUUCCCCGUGGGGCACUCGGAGAUGCUGCUCCCGCGCGUGCUGCUGCAGGUGCUCCUCCUCCUCGGCCACCUCCACCGCUUCCUCCUCUGGGCCUUCCACGCCGUGGGGCUCGGCGACCUCAUCGACCUCGGCUGCAACUACCCCGCGCCGCCGCCCUCCGCGCCCGCAACGGCGGCAGCGCAGGAGCACCAGCACCAGCACCAGGGGCGCGACGCGGCCGCGCCGCUGCAGCACCGGCGGCCGGACUUCCGGCCCGUCCCGGCGGUGCUCGUCGAGGAGGCGCUCCCCGUGGUGCGGUUCGACGAGCUGGCCGGGACGGCGUGCGGGGACGGCGACUGCGCGGUGUGCCUCAGCGGCAUCGGCGGCGGCGACGAGGUGCGGCGGCUCAGCAACUGCCGCCACGCCUUCCACCGCGCCUGCCUCGACCGCUGGAUGGCGCACGACCAGCGCACCUGCCCGCUCUGCCGCGCGCCGCUCAUCCCCGGCGCCGCCGCGGAUCCCUGGGCCGCCGCAGCCGUCGCGCCGUGGCCCGACGCGGGCGACUACGACAUGUCGUACCCGUCUUCCCUGCCGUCCACGCCGCUGCUGGCGUUGCCCACCCCGACGCUGCUGCGGCCUCACGAGCUGCUGCUCACCGGCCUGGGCGGCUUCCAGUGA